UCAACAGAUUAAGACAGGAACUAGAAAUGAGUUAGAAGACGAAGAGAGAGGACCGAAAAAUGGAUGCUGAAGAGAAGAAGUGCCCUGUUUGUCAGGACAAACUGCAAGAACCUACACAGCUCCUCGAAUGUAACCAUGAGUUCUGUCAGAGUUGUCUCCAGCAGUCAAUUCACUACAGGAAACAUUGCCCAGUGUGCAGGAAACCAGUGAAUGGUGAUCAGCCCACAGCAGUGCCCGCAGUGUCCAACCAAACAAGACGCUCAAGAGUGAGAUAUGGUCGUUCCAGAGAUCCUGUCAUUAGCCCUAUCAUAGCAUCUCCAUUUGGUCCCUCCGUUUUUGCUGGCAUAUGGAGGCAGCGGAGUGCUCCUCCACACCAGUUUGGAUCCUCCAACCCAAGCUUUGCAUCACUCUAUGCCCCUCAUGUCCUCAGGCCACCACAACCACCAGUGUUUCCAUCUACUGUAGCACAAUCUACUGGUCCUGCUGGUCUGCCCCUUAUAAGACCAUUCCGGAAUUACACCAUUCCUCAGGUGGAUGUGUACGGUCACGGUGACUUCUCCGUUUUCAAUGAAGAAAAUGAACAGAUGGGCAGUCUGCUGUUUGAGCAAGCAUGGGCAGAGCAAAGAGGGCCACUGCUCAAUAACAGAGUGAGGGUGUUUGCUUGCCCCUACUGCCAGCAGGGGGGAAUGGAUGAGCUGGAUCUGCGCGAUCACUGCAAUACCCACCACCAAAAUAACCCCACCCCUGUGGUGUGUCCCGUGUGCGUGGCACAACCACACGGAGAUGAGAACUAUUACAGUCGGAACUUCAUUGGACACCUGAAUUUGCGGCACAGUUACUACAGCGAAGAUAUCACUAACACCCAUCAAAGUGAUGCCAUGAAUAUGCAAGCGGCCAUACUGGAGUCAUUUCAGCUAAAUUCUGAUGCUGCUCAAUGACCUGCAAUACAAUUAGGGAGUGUAUGUGUACGGACACUAGUACACAACUGUAAUCAGGAAUCAUACUCGUUCAUUUAGGUCUGUUCACAAAUAUUCAGUCAAAUCCAUCUGUCCUCUGUCAUGAUCAUUGUCAUUAUACAUGUUGCAGGCACUAAAGAACUCAGGUUUUAACGGUAGCAUAUGCAUCCUCCCUUUGCCAAUACCAUUUUCAACUCAUCAGAACUUUUACUUGCUUAAAAACAUACAGAUUUUGAUAUAAUUUGCACUAUGUAUACUGUAUAUAUUUUCUAUAUUUCUACUGUCUUAAUAAUACAAUUUUCCUUGACAUUGUG